CACGACAACACACCAACUGAAGUGGAAAGCGGCUCCUGUUCUGCUCCUCAUCCCAUUUCGGACGCUGCGUACAAGGCGACCCGGCAUCAGACUGUUGCGGACUCCAUCAGAAGGAAGAAGUCAGAGUUAGGACAGUCUCGCCUUUGACUUGAGCGUUAAGUUUGUCGACAGAAAUAACGGGUAACUUUUUUUUUGGCUCUUUAUGUCAGUGAGUUACUAUCUUCCCUUGUAGUCUUUAUAGGUGGAAAGGUGGAAAUCAACAUUUUUUAUUUGCCAUUACGAAGACUAAAUUUAACUAAUGACAGCAGAGGUCCAGCAGCCCCCAGCGCAGACGCCUGCCCAGAGCAGCCCGAUGUCUGCUCCGGAGAAGCCGCAUGGACAGACGGCGGUGAUGGAAACCGCCUCCUCCACUACAAAAACCAAAAAGACAAACGCAGGGAUCCGUCGACCAGAGAAACCCCCUUAUUCAUAUAUAGCUCUGAUAGUCAUGGCUAUCCAGAGUUCUCCCACGAAGCGCCUGACGCUCAGUGAAAUAUACCAAUUCCUACAGAGCCGCUUCCCGUUUUUCAGGGGCUCAUACCAGGGAUGGAAGAACUCUGUGCGUCACAACUUGUCCCUGAACGAGUGCUUCAUCAAGCUACCCAAAGGCCUAGGACGGCCAGGGAAGGGCCAUUACUGGACUAUCGACCCGGCUAGUGAGUUCAUGUUUGAGGAAGGCUCCUUCAGAAGGAGACCCAGAGGUUUCAGGCGCAAGUGCCAGGCGCUGAAGCCCAUGUACAGCAUGAUGAACGGUUUGGGAUUCAACCACAUCCCCGAGUCUUAUAACUUCCAGGGAGGCGGUGGGGGCCUAUCCUGUCCGCCCAACAGCUUGUCUCUGGACAGUGGGAUUGGGAUGAUGAAUGGACACUUGGCAGGUAACAUGGAGGGGAUGGGUCUGUCCGGUCACUCCAUGUCACACUUGUCGGCCAACAGUGGACAUUCCUACAUGGGAAGUUGUACAGGAUCCACUGGGGGUGAUUAUCCCCACCAUGACAAUUCCGCCUCCCCUCUGCUCGCCAGCGGGGGAGUAAUGGAGCCUCAUCCCGUCUACUCAAGUUCAGCCUCGGCGUGGGCUCCGGCCCCCUCGGCCUCACUGAAUAACGGUGCAUCGUACAUAAAGCAGCAGCCUCUGUCUCCUUGCAAUCCGGGAGCCAAUCCACUGCAACCAAGCUUGCCUACGCAUUCAUUAGACCAACCAUACCUGCACCAGAACGGCCACAGUACCACAGAUUUACAAGGUACUAUUCCUCGGUACCAUUCCCAGUCUCCCAGCAUGUGUGACCGCAAGGAGUUCGUCUUCUCGUUCAACGCCAUGACGUCCUCGGCGAUGCACUCACCGAGCAGCGGCUCGUACUACCACCAUCAACAGGUCUCCUACCAGGACAUCAAGCCCUGCGUCAUGUGAUGCCACCGCGGGAUAAGCUGCGGGCAAAAGGACGCUGUCACAAACUUGAGCCGAUUGAACUGAACUGCAAUGAGAACAAAUAAGUAAAUGAAUAAAUAACCACUGAGAGACACGAAGGCUUGCCACAGCCCUGAGAGAGCGUUCGCUGCUUCAAGUAAACGGGACUACUUUUAUACUGUUUUACGCACGGAGACUGACAGGCCAAUCACAAAGCAACCACAUAAUAAUAAUAUAUAAUAAUACAAACUUUUUCUCAUGCAAUCAACAUUGACCCGCGGGGUAAAGACUGGGUGUAUGAAACCCUGUUGCUGUUUGGUACUUAGUCCUGCAGAGCGGAUGACUACCACUUCACAUUUUUAUUAAUGUUUAUUCUUUUUAAUACAAUAGGCCAAUGUAAAAAAAAAAAAAAAUGCACACUUCGUUUUCUCCCUCUGAAGUUUUUACUUUUCUUUGAAAAAAUUAGCCUGAUGCUCUUUUCUUUUUUUGGACUUACAUACCAACGGUGUUUUUGAAUGGAACAAUUAUGGAAUUUACAUAUAUACUGUAUAAAAUGAUGAAGGCACUUUUUGAAUAGCCUAUAAGCGCAAUUUUUUAUUUAUUCAUUAGGCCUACAUAUUUUAAUUUCAGGCGAAUUGGCCAUGAGGUAUAUGCUUUAUUGGCAAUAUUUGUCAGAACGCUUAUUAUUUGUUUUAAAAUGAAAUUGUAGGAUAUAUUAUAAGCACUGUUAUGUCGUUUGUGUUAGUCAUGUAGACCAUUCAUUUCAGCACUGUAUACUUAUAUAUUAUUAGGAAAUUUAGCGAGGGUCUAUCAGUGAAGGCUGUCACAACAAGCCAUUUUUAAGAAAUAAAAUAUAUCUCCGGCUGUUGAAGCCUAAAUCCUCAAAAAAAGAGACACAUUUUAUUUUCAUCACACAUUUCUGGGAAAAUGUUUGGGAUACUGCACGCCACAACCUUUUCUAAAUUUUAAGUCCGUAAA